AAUCAGAGAUGCACUGUGGGAUUGCUGAAUAUUGACAUAGCAACCAGCCGAUAGAACCUCUGAGUGUUGCCCUCCGGAUUAGUUUUUGUCUUACUUUCCGCGGUUAAAGUGCUUAGCUUUACUUUCUACUGCUGCCAUGAAUGCGGCAGUUGUAAAAAAGACCCAGGACACGUUGGGCAAAGUGAUUAAGAAACCACCGCUAACUGAGAAACUGCUAAGCAAGCCGCCGUUUCGAUACCUUCAUGACAUCUUUAGUGAGGUCAUCAGAACGACUGGUUUUAUGAAAGGCCUGUAUGAAGAAAAUGAAAUGAAGUCAGACAGUGUAAAGGAUAAAGACUCUAAAAUAGCCUUCCUUCAGAAAGCCAUAGAUGUUGUGAUGUUGGUGAGUGGCGAGCCCCUGGCGGCAAAGCCUGCUCGGAUUGUUGCCGGCCACGAGCCCGAGAAAACCAAUGAGCUGCUGCAGGCCAUUGCCUCGUGCUGCCUCAGCAAGAUGUCCAGUGAUGAAGCAGUGAAGCGAGUGAUAGCAGGAGAGAAGGUGGACUUGAAAACCAAGGCCGGCACCUCUCGGUCUCAAGGCAAGGAGAACAGAGAGGGACGCGAUCGUCAUUUAGAUCGAGAGGAAAAGAAAAAGAUAACAGAGCGCAGCAGCAGCCGGGACCUGAAAGAUCCAGACCAACCCAAAGAGCAGGAGAGCCGACACAGAGACCGCGAUCGCUCUGACAAGCACCACGGCGGUGAGCAGGAGCAGCACGACAAAGACAAAAGUCGAGACCGAGAGCGGGACAAGGAGCGAGACAAAGGGCGAGCCAGAGACAAGGACAAGGAGAAAGAAAAGGAAAGGGAUCGAGAACGGGAUAAAGACAGAGAAAAGACAAAAGAGAGAGAUUCUCAUAGAGAUCGAGAAAGAGGAAAGGAAAAACAAAGAGACAAAGAGCGACACAGAGACAAGGACGAGAGGAAUAAAAGUGAUGAGAGCAGCAUUAACAAGGCCAGAGAGUCAGAAGAGCUGCAGCAGAAACCUAGUCCUGAGGAGUUUAACAGCAAAACAGCCAAAACUGUGCCAGCACCCACAGAAGUAGUUGGGAACCAGCAGAAUGACAGUCCGGCCAGAAUACCUCGACCUUCAUCUGCCAAAGGGCAGAGGAGGAGACCCAAAAUUGGAGGUCAAGAUGAAUCUGACAGUGAAGGAGACGGAGAUGCUCAGUCGGCUCAGAGACCCGUUCCUCAGGAAAACGGAGACGCUGGAGGAUCCUCUGUGCCAUCUGACAUGGCUUCCAGCAGCAGAAGAAUAGCACGGCCGAGCAGCGCUCGCCCAGCACCCCCUCGAAUAAAGAGACAAGAGAGCCACACCGACGUGACCCCGACUGAAAGGCUGUCAAGUGCCAAGCCCCCAUCAACUGUCAUCAUGGAUGGGAAGAGGCUGUCUGAGGAUGAGGAAGAUGAAGAUGAACAAUUUCUUGUGGAGGAGGCAGUCGCUCAACCCCCAGAUGCUCCUGAAAUACAUAGAGAACCUGCACAAGAACUAGACAGUGAAGAGAAACAUGGUGGCCUUGUGAAAAAGAUCCUUGAGACAAAGAAAGACUUUGAAUUAACACCACCGUCCCCAAAAUCUAAAGAACAGAACCUGGUGUCUGAAGCAGCGCGUAAGAAGGAGCGGGAAAUGGUGUCGCGGGAGAUUGAGCGGCUUCGCUCGUCCAUUCAGAUGGUGUGCCGGAGUUCCCUACCUUUGGGUAAGAUCAUGGACUACAUCCAGGAGGACAUGGAUGCCAUGCAGGCUGAGCUGCACACAUGGCGGCGGGAGAAUAAGGAGCAUGCGCAGGCCUUGCUGCAGGAGCAGAGUGCGACCGACAGAGCCGUGGAGCCUCUUAAAGCUGAGCUGGCUGAGCUGGAGCAGCUGAUCAAAGACCAACAGGACAAGAUUUGUGCAGUGAGGUCCAACAUACUGAGGAAUGAAGAGAAGAUCCAGAAGAUGGUGACUGGGAUCAACUUCUCCUCCAGAACCUGAGAGAGCAACAAACACUUAAUUAAAAAAAACAUAAAAACAUGCUCUGGAUUUUUAGGCAUGGUUCUCUUCCUGUUUGGAUAAAUGGUAAGGCCUUUUAAGUUACGCUGGAUUAAACCUUGCUCUCUUUGGUUUUGUGAUCAAUAAAGGAGAGAGACCUGCAUAUUUUCCAGCACAGCUGGACGAGGAAAAUAUGUGUAAGACUGGUGCAGAAAAAGGCCGUGCCGUACUUUAGAGACCUAACACUAUUUAGAGAUGAGGGAAUUGUGUUUGCUGGUGUCAGAGCUUGACCAGUCGAUAAGUCUGACAGAUGAUAAAAUCUGUUUAACUCCUUGUCCUGCACACUACCUAAUGCCAUCCUCUCUCCUCGGCCUGUAACGGUGCCUUUGUGGAACGAGUCGCAGCUUGGUGUGAGUACUGAAAACUUGGUUAACUGCACAUUAUGCAAUAAUAAAAUUUUAAAUUAAUUUCUUUUCUUAAUCACAAAAAGAAAAGAAAAAUCUGUAAAAGUGUGGCACACUCACAUUUUAUGUCCAUGAGGAGGAUUUGGAGUCUCAUCUUACACCUUGUAUAGUGCUGGAAGACUAAGUCAUUAAAUAAAUAAAUGACUCAGCGGAAAAGAGCAGAAAAUAUUCAUUAAAAAUAUUGAGACGUAAAUAAUUCGAUAUGGACGGUUUUCUAAACUUCUAGAUUGUUGUAUUUUAGUUUAAAUCCUUACUGGAUCUUUUAACAUGACAUACUGGUCUUUCAGUCUGUAUUCAGCCCUCAACCCUAAAAAGAAGUUAUCUGCACUGUUGUCUGACACUUUCUUCUUAAACCAAUUUAGUUUCUAGGCCAGCGUCUCUUCCGCUCUGGAAGCACUGCAGCACUUUGAUAAAUAUGAGUGGGAUAGUUACAUUUUAACAUUUUUCAAGAAACAAAUAGACAGUAGGUGGUGUUAGAGUCCUUUCCUUUCUGUCACAUUUAAGUAAAAAUAAGACAAAAUUUUAAUACUUUCAGGAAAAAACGAACACAUUUCUUCUUGCAGUGAUGGAAAUCUCUCUUCUAUAUUUGUACUGUGGAGUUUACCAAACUGCAAACAACAUUGGGUCAGAUGGAACUUUUUGCAAUGUUUAUUUAUAAAUUAAAAAGUUAAAUUUUACUAGCUUUAUUCGCAUCUGUGUGAAUUGUGCUUGACAAAUGUGACGGAUAUGAAUAUAUGAAGCAAUACCAGACUGAUUGUAGUGGGAGUAAAAGUAAACACUGUUUCAGUUUUCCUCAGAAUUUUAGUGAUGGAAAUAUCCCAUUUAGUCCACGUGUGAAUACAGUACGCUUCCAGUUGUUUGUUGCAUAAUGGUCUAUCUCAUCUUUUAAUGAAAAUGCAGUUAGCAUGUAAAAGUAUAGAUACAUGAUUUUUGCAGCGGUGUUUUCAGAACCAUGUAGUUUCUAGUUGGUUUCUGUUCUGCCUACAAAAACCCACAGACUUACCGUGUUUAACAUGAGACACCAGGAAAUAAUGACUGGAUUAAUGAAUGAUCUGAUAUGUUUUUUGUUUUCUAUAAUAGUAAUUACAGUUGUAUAAAAACUAGUUCCAUUUAGGUUUAUACUUCCUUUAGUUUCACAGCAGCCGUUUUGCUUUUCAGACUGUGAGAAGAUAUGAUUGGUAAUUUGAUGCCAGCCCGUUUGCUCCAAUCCAAACAAAAUGAACAAACCCUCAGAAACCGGGAAGCUGUACAAAAUUGAAGUAAAAGACUGCAGCGAUUUACAGAUCUUAAAAAAAAAGUUAAAAAUAAGUCAAAUUUUCAAAAUGAGACUUUUUCCUAUUUUAUAAAAAAGGGACCUUAACUUGAAUUUGACAGCAGCAACACAAAGAAGUGGAAUGGUGGACAAGAAACAGCUGGAGGAAAAUGUUGGGCAAAUUUAUUUAAUUGGCAACAAGUCAGUAAGAUGACUGGCUACAGAAGAAGAGCACGUUAGAGACGGCAGUCUAUCAAAACCGUCUAAUACAAAUCAUGGAAUAAUUUAAAGAUUAUGUUCUUCAGUGUAAAAUCAACAAGACUUUGAGUGUUUCAUCAUCUGUAGUACUUUCCAUCAUGAAAACAUUUAGAAAAUCCUUAGGCAAUCUGUGUAAGGGACAGCUGAUGAAUGAAGUUGCAUGGCUGGGAUAUUUGGACUCUGCAGUAACAACAGACUUUUUUUGCCAUGGAAACCUCUUUCCAUGAAUUUAAACUAAAAAAUGACUCUGAACACGAUGCUAAACCGUGUACUGCAUCUGUUACAAAAUCACGGCGAUUCGUGAAGAUGCCAGACUAUCCUGCCUGCAGACUUUUUACCAUUUGAAAGUAUCUUGUCAAUGACCCGUAACACAUUACAAAGACAACCACAGACCGUUCCUCUCCCAAAGGUCCAGCAGCUGGUCUCCAUGUAAAAACUGCUGCUAAAUGAGUGAGUGAGUGGUAAAUAUGGCCCAUCUCAGCUUUUUUGAUACAUUUCUGCCAUCAAAUUCAAGAUAUGUAAAUAUUUUUCAUGAAUAGUGAAAAUUUCUAAAUGUUCCUAUGUUCUAUCAUGACAAAAAUUUUACUUUAUUAGAUUUGAAAAUCAUUGCUUUCUGAUUUUUAUUUUUUUUUUAUUUGUACAUUUUACACAUCCCAACAUUUUUUGGAGUUGGGGGUAUAAAUGAAAUAAGCCGGAGCUGGAAAACCUGGGCUCACAUCCUGAGUUGAUAACCAGCUUCAUAGCGCCACUUAGCAAGAGCUUUAUUGUUAGGGUUAGUUAAGGCACAUAACUGAAAGAAACCCUGGAUAUGUUGAACCCGCUUCAUUGUGCGGGGCUGUGCUGCAUUUAGAAAGAAAAAAACACGAGGAGAGGAUGCAUUACAAUGCAGCCAGAGCAAUUCUGAGGACUUCAGCCACACUGCACUAACAUAACUAUAUUCUUUUUUUUUAUCAGUAUUUAAAAAAGACCAUUUCAACUAAAUAUAAAAGAUUUACUGAAAAAAAUCAAAAGCUUAAAGGGAAAACGUGGCAAAGUGAGGACCUGCAUGCUCCUUUGUUAUAUUAAAUGAUGUAGACACUACCCACUGUAACAUAUCCUCAGCUUCUCUUUAAACUGUACAUUAUGUAUAUGUGGAAACUGUAUCAUAGUUCAAAUGAUUAUAUAAUUUUGUAGUGGAG